AUGGAAGAGGUACUUGCGGCAGUGUGUGGCCGGCGGAGAGUGAGUGUGUCUGUGGUCAAUGCCGAGGCAGCAGCGUGUGGUACCGAGGGCGUCCGAGCCUUUGCACGGUCACCUGCGGUAGCUGAUGAGGCUCGUCGGCUGGCUCACCUUCCGUCGGCAUCGUUUGACAUCAACCACGAGCACUCGGCGCUGUGGGAUGUCCUCCACCCGGAGAGCAGCAUUCGGAAGGCAGUCCUUGUCCAGGGCCCGACACUCGACCUCUUUGCUGCUGUCCAGCAGCCGGGCGUGCUCGAGGCCUACAAUGACAGCCGUGCUGGCAACGGCCAUGGGGCUGGUCGAGCGGCAUCGUGGGAGGUGGGCAUGACCGGCAUUCUGCUGGAUGCCGCCCUGCAGCUGCGGACCGAUCUGGUGGCACUAGAGGCGUCGUCAUCGGUGGCGGUGGCCAUGCCCUCGGUGCCUUCGAUGGAUACGCCGACGGCGGGCGGAGAAGGAGUGUGUGUGGCUGGCGAUGGCGACGAGUUGGCAGACGGCUCGUCGAUCUUUGCCUUUACUCCCUCGCCCGAGGCGAGGCCCGUGGGGAUGCGGACGCCGUUGCGAGCGGCGAGGCAGACGCCGGGGCAGUUUCACACGCCGGGCCGGAAGCCGACGCCUGGGCGGUCGCCCGGAGAGUCGCCGGCGCGGUCGCGCAUUAAUGUCAAGCCGCAAGUGCGCGGGGCGAUCCGGCUGGCCAGCGCGUGGCGGGUUCCGCCGCCGUCGCCAGACGCGAUUCGAAUUCUCAACACGCCCGAGAAAGCGCGGCCGCUGGCGGGCCCGCUGGCGCGGGUGCUGGACGACGCAGCGGCGCUAUCGCCUAUUGGGGCGGCGUCGCCGUUGGGCGGCGGCGGCGAGCACUAUGUUUCGAUGGAGAGCUCCCCGAUGCUGGACUCGCGCGAGUAUGCCGAGGCACCACUUCCGCGUGGGACGCCUGUGAGCACGCCGCUGUCUGCCACGACCUCGCUCGCGCUGCACUACCUGACCAAGGCGUGGAAGUUCAUGGCCAAGCUGCCGGCCGGCUCGCGGCCACUGGGCAAGGCGCUCACGCCGCUGGCGCCUUUUGUGGGGAGCGACGGCACGGUCUUCCGAGGGCUGCUUCUCACGUGGACGCCGCGGGUGUUCGAGGCGAUGGCGGCGGCGCAAGAGUGCAAGGACGCGGCGCUGGUUGACCUUGUCCGGUCGCAGCUCGAGGGCCAGGCAACAGUAGUGGCGACAGUGGGUGAGGCGGGCAAGCUGUUUGUGGCGUCGGCACCGAUCCACGACGUGGCCAACCCGCUGGAGGACAGCCCGGCGCGUGGGCGGCUGCCGGGCUACGGCCUGCGUGUCCGGCUCCGGCCGGGUCUCGGCCUCGGGACUGGGAACGAGCACGGCGCGAGCUGCUGCGGCGCGACGUGA